ACAGCACCUGUAUUGUGAGAGACUCUGUGCACCAUCAACAUGGCGAAAACGCUGACUUUCGACCGAGAAAACCAGGACCGCAUCAAGGCCGUGGCCGACUCCUUCGGUCCGUCCGGUAAACCCCUGACUCUACCCGGGCGCGUCCUGGUGGGGGAGGGUCGCCUUCUGAAGCAGAGCCGCAAAAAACCGCAGCCCAAAGUUUUCUUUCUCUUCAACGACGUGAUCGUAUACGGCAGCAUCCUCGUGAACGGCCGCUGGUACAAGAAACAAAAGAUCAUCCCUCUUGAAAAUAUCAAGCUGGAGGACAUGGAAGACACAGCCAACCUGAAGAACCAGUGGUUGAUCCAAACACCCCAAAAGUCGUUCUUCGUAGCGGCGCCCACUCGAGAGGAGAAACGAGCCUGGAUGGAGCACAUCGAGCAGUGCAAAGCCUCCUUACUGCAGAAGGGCCUCACUCCCACCAGUGAAUACGCAGUGUCCUGGAUGCCAGACAGCGCCUCUGAUAUCUGCCUGGUCUGUGAAGCCAAGUUCACCCACACCAACCGGCGCCACCACUGCAGAAUGUGUGGCAUCCUGGUGUGCCACAAGUGCAGCAAAGACAAGGCUGUGAUCGGACACAUCAGCGCCACCAAAAAACAGAAGCUGUGUCGCCACUGCUACAGCAAGAAGCAGGAGGAGGUGGCCCGUAUCCGUGGCAACUCACAGGAGGAAGACCAAGCAGAUUCCAGUGAUGAGGACGACGAGGUGGACGUCUCCAUGAUGUACGAAACCCCCACCUCCUGGCUGGACACACGCAUGGGCACCUGGGGCGACAUAGGACAGUACAUGUCCAUGCGCCCAGUCAGCAGCUGAACAUCUGUGCAUACUACAUAGUGUACAUACUACAUAGUUUACAUACUACAUAGUAUACAUACUGUAUAUGCACAUACAGUCCCAGUGCCGUUAUGUCAGGAGGUAGAACACAAGUAUUUACUCUCAGAAGAAAACCGAUCUGUGGGACUGCACUAAUACUAAAAAUAAGAAAUACUGAAAAUAUAAAUGUGAGGCCUAUGGCACAAAAGUGUAGUCACACUAUCUAUUUAGCAUUCAGCUUUUUUCACUUUACCAAACUUAAUGUGGAUGGAGGAUAUUUUAAACGGGAAGAAAACUCAUGACCAUGACUGGUGCUGCUACGCUAUCUUGUGAGGAAGGAAGAUAGAAAUAUUAAAUAUCUGAAUUGUGUGCUUUUGUGCAAAAACUUUACUUAAAUGCACUUAAUUUUUUUUAAAA